AUGUUUCCCUCCUGUGGUAUUUUCGGUAACGUCAGCUGCCCUGUCGCCCGUCGCGGGCUUUGUGAGAGGCCGCAUUGUUUCUAUAAGCAUGGAGCCAGCGCGAGGGAUGAGGUCGAUGGCUCGGCAGGAGACUCUGAAGGAGUCCAGAACGGAAAUCUGUGUGCUGCCUCUGGAACGCCGGUCAGCGUUGAGACCCAGGAUGACGGUUUCCACGAGCUGGAGCGGAUCAACAAGGAGAUAGAAACCGUAAGGCAGGAGGUGGAAGUGGAGCAGAGACGACUGUCGGGCUGCCAGACUGCACAGGAACGCUCUACAAAACAUGGACCUUCUUUAAAGUAUGCUCCUUAUAGUACCAAAGUAGACGGAGGCCCUUCAAACCUGUAUAAAACGGCCAAGGCGAAGUACGUGGUUGAUAACUCCAGACCAAGGACUGAUUUAGAGUAUGAUCCUCUGUCCAACUUUUCUGCUGCUUUACGGUGUCACAACUCAUCAGCUGAGGAGCAAAAGGUCAAAAACCUGAAGAGGGCGAUCAUGCUGAGAUUGCAGAUUGUUUGUGGUCCGGCAGAUCUUCCCAGGACUCCGGCCAGUAACUUGCCACACAGGCACGAAGACGGGGUUCACAGCCACACUCCUGAAGAAAGAGCUCAGUUAUUGGUGCGGGACAUCAAGAAAAUGUCAAGUGAAGUUCCAAGACCGACACGGGAUUAUGUUCCACUGACCCGCACUUCGUCAGUCAUCCACCUGGGGGAUGCGGGGGCAGCCUCGCACACCAGACAGGUUCUCUCAACGUAUUCAAACUUGACUGAUGAAGUUAAAUCUUCAUCUAAGCCUCAUCACCCACCAUUGAAGACGGAGGACGAUGUUAUUGUAAUCAGCUCUGGAGAUGAGGAAGAACACAGCUAUUCCGACAUCGAGCUGUCGGAUUGCGACCCGAUGGAGGAAUGCUACAGGAUCUUCAUGGAGGCAAAUGAAGGAGACGCCCCAAAUGAAGAUAAUAUGAGCUCUGAGGAUGAGUCAAAGCCGGCAGAAAAGGUGGCACCACUGCCCUUAGCAGGAAAGAAGAGGGUGGCUCAUGAGGCUUCACAUACAGAGCCAGUGGCUAAGAGUAGACUUCAGCCUCAGGUUUUGGUCCCCUUCCGUGGACCAGUAGCCUCAGGAUCUGGCUCCCAGCCGCCGCUUGCUUCCAAAAUCAAGCAGAUACAACAGACGGCAUGUGUUGCGCACACUGCUUCAGUUAACCGUGGUCAGGCACCUCUAAAGAAGCCGGAGACACAGAGCACACCUCCUGCUUUGACUCCACCUUUAAAGGCUGCUGCUCCUCAAAAUGCUUAUUUGAACCCCUUGCCUGGUAGAGGGACUGUUAUUGCAAUCGACAGCAAUUUGCACUUACUGGUUCCCGAUGGCGCCGUCGCUUUACCCGUCAACCCUACUGCAGUUCCAGCUUCAAUACUCACCCCCAUCGGUCGAGCCCCGGCCGGUCCGAUGCCCCCCCCUGCAGUUACGUCAGUUCCUGGGAAGCGGAAACCGAAGCAUUUCGAAACGGCCAAAGACAAAGUUCCACAUGACGUUCGACAGCGCUACGUCAAUAUGUUCACAGAGGAGUUCCUCAAAACCACUCCCAAUGUUAACGAGGCCUUUCAGAAAGCUCUCACGGAGGAGAAGGUUGUGUACAGUCGCAGUAUGAACAAAGUGAAAUAUCAGAGUGUCGCCGUGAACGCUCUGAAGAGGCUGAGGAACCAAAGUACCGUUGUCACUACUGUUGACAAUGAAGUGAAGAGUGGAAGGCUGAGAGGCAACAUACCACUUAACUUAAAGAAGCUUUACAGCAAUGCAGAUGAUGUGGACUUAUACAAGGCUCUGAAGGAUUAUAUUUUGACUGAUGAGAGGCUAAUUGAGAACAACUAUCCUAUCCUGAACCCAGAGAGACGUGGGUGUGCUGUUCUGUUUUCUGGCAGUAAGAGAGCGAGCACAGACCCCCUCAAGAGGAUCUGCUGCCGAUGCGGGGCGACGUACUCUGUCAACCGAGCAGGCAAGCACGUUCGUCAGGAAGAGUGUACUUACCAUUAUGGGAGAGGAGUGACAAAGAGAGUUCCAGGUGGAGUGGAGACCCGCUACAGCUGCUGUGAGGGAGUCAUGGGCGCCCCAGGGUGUCAGGUAUUCAAGUUGCACGUCCACGACUUCCUCAGCCUGGAGGGGUUUGUGUCUACCGCUCCCAGCUCUCCCUCAGACACGAGCUGUCCUGGAGUCUUCUCCUUGGACUGUGCAAGGUGUUACACCGUUAAUGGACUGGAGCUGUCCAGAGUGACUGUGGUUGACUCCAGUCUUCAGGUUGUCUAUGACACAUUUGUCAAACCCUCCGGUGAAGUGAUAGACUAUAAUACCAGGUUUUCAGGUAUCAGUAAAGAGGAUGUGAAGGGUACCAGCACUUCCUUCACAGAGGUCCAACAGACCUUGAUGAGUUUCAUCAGUGCUGACACCGUUCUGAUUGGACACAGUCUGGAAACGGCACUUUGUUUACUGAAGUUGCUCCAUAAUACGGUGGUGGACACGUCGGAGGUCUUUCCCCACCGUCUCGGCCCCCCCAACAAACUUAGCCUGAACAAACUCACAGCUGAAUACCUCAGGAAGAUCAUACAAGAGAGUGCUUGUGGCCAUGACACUGCAGAGGAUGCUGCAGCCUGCAUGGAGCUGAUGCUGUGGAAGGCCAAAGAGGAUGGAAAACUGAAGAAAUAAAACUAAAUACAUUGGAUGCAUGAAGAAGAGAAUGACUGU